AUGGCUUCAGACAGACCGCAGAUUCCUCCUUCUCAACCUUCGUACACCCUCAGAACCUCACACACAUCCCUUCUGCCCAAGCCGAACCCAUGGUCCGUCCGUGCAGUGCUGAAAGACCUCCCCAAUCCACCACCGGAAAACUCCUCCUCUCCCAUAGCCUUCUUCCACUACCUUGAGCGCCUAAAGAUCGAGAAGCGUGAAGGAUGGCGAAGAUUUGGUAUCUCAACCGGCGAAUCUAUAGCAGACCACAUGUACCGCAUGUCCCUGAUCACCAUGUUCGCUCCCCCCGAACUAAGUUCACGCUUGGAUAUCCCAAGGUGUACGAAGAUGGCGUUGGUCCAUGACAUGGCUGAAGGCCUCGUCGGGGACUUGACCCCCGUUGAUGGAGUACCGAAAGUGGAAAAGAACAGACGUGAGGCCCAGACCAUGGACUGGGUGGCUCAGUCAUUGCUCGGAAAGGUGCAUGGUGGCAUCCCGGGCAAGGAUCUUCGCGCGAUUUGGCAAGAAUAUGAGGACAGCGAGACUCUGGAGUCAAAGUUCGUUCAUGAUGUGGACAAGCUGGAGCUGAUACUGCAGAUGGUGGAGUACGAGCGCGCCAACAAUUGCGCCAUUGAUCUGAGUGAGUUCAGCUGGGUGGCGAGGAGAAUCAGUCUGGAAGAGAUGAAGGCCUGGGCACAGGAGAUCUUGGAUGAGAGAGCAGAGCUUUGGAAGAGCAAAGAUAUGGAACCGAGAGAGCCCACAAAGGCGGCGACAAUCAAGGAUCAACAGGACGAAUACUACAGCAACGGGGAACGCCGGGUGUUGGGGAAUGGAGUGGCCGAGAUGAAUGGACAUGCAAAGUGA